AUGGCUGCUGUUUUCCCUAGAACCUGUUACAAGUGUGGUGAAGUGGGCCACUUGGCAGACAACUGCCAACAAACCGAAAGAUUGUGCUACAACUGCCGCAAGCCAGGACACGAAUCCACCGAGUGUCCUGAGCCAAAACAGCCAAGCCAAAAACAGUGCUACUCUUGUGGAGAUUUGGGCCAUGUUCAACUGGACUGCCCAACUUCUGCCCAGGGAGCCAAGUGUUACAACUGUGGACAGUUUGGACACAUUUCCAAGAACUGUAGUGAGGGAGGACGUCCCGCUGCUGCUUCCACUGGAAGUGCACCAGCACCAAAAUUCUCCAAAAACGGAACCACUUGUUACAAGUGUGGAGGUCCCAACCACUUUGCUCGCGACUGCCAAGCUGGCUCGCUCAAGUGCUACGCCUGUGGUAAGGCUGGACACAUUUCCAAGGACUGCAAUGCUGGAGGAGACGCUGGAGCCAAAACCUGCUACAACUGCGGUAAGGCUGGUCACAUUUCCCGUGACUGUGAGGAGUCUCAGUAG